CGUACCGGGGUGUAAUACCCAGAUGGGUCCAAACUUAACGAAAUUCGUCUAAUUCCCGUGACUUGUGUGACAGAUGAUGAUGAUGAUGAUCCAUGCCUGGUUAUUCCUGGCUCUCCUCCCCGUGUCUCUGUGUCUGGUCCGGUGGGACCAAUUUGCAAACUGCUUGCAGACUAGAUUCAAUGGACACAUGCUGAUCGAUAGACACGUAGUCUGCGCCACGAGGAAGCUGUUCAUCAACUAUCGACGCUCCAUUUACUGUAGAAACUGCGACAAGUACUUCCACUGCCAGGGUAACUACGAAGCAGUGUUCCAGUGCUCCGAGGACCCUAAGGCCUACAAGGCUGCCGAAGCGAUCAGCCUUUGCAGGGAACAGGCACAGGGCGGGGGCAACACGGCAGACAACAUCAUCUACGACGGCGUCAACAAGUUCGGUCGGAACGGAGGCGACUGUGUGCGAGAAUACCUCGAGAACAACGAAGAGUGCCAUUACAACCCCGCAACGCUCGUGUGUAACAACACCCGCUUUGGCUGACACCAAUAUCGUGCAUUUCCUCGUGGACUCUUCUUCUAACAUUGGCGCACUUAAU